ACGAAGCAGUUAGAGUUGAUGUAACCAAACUUUUAAAUAAAUAGCUAUCGUUUUUAACAAGUAAAUAAUUAGAUAAUUUUUGGUUUAUCUUUAGACGAUAUGAGACGAAGAGCUGGAAUUGGAGCUAUUAACAAACAAAAACUCGAACUAGAAAAAUUUAAAGAGAAAGGAAAUGAAAUUCAAGAAGUACAACUUGAAGAAAUGUCUAAACAACUCGAAGUUUUCAAAGUUAAUUUAGAAGACUUUGCAGCCAAACACAAAAGUGAAAUAAAGAAAAAUCCUGAGUUUAGAAAACAAUUUCAAGAAAUGUGUGCAUCAAUUGGCGUAGAUCCUUUAGCUUCCGGAAAGGGAUUUUGGUCUGUCUUAGGAAUAGGUGACUUCUAUUAUGAACUUGCUGUACAGAUAGUGGAGGUAUGUUUAGCAACUAGUUAUAAGAAUGGUGGCCUUAUUAGUCUAGAUGAAUUACGCUCACGGCUUAUUAAAGCAAGAGGGCAAAGUAAACAUCAUCAAGAAAUUAGUCAAGAUGAUUUGCUAAGGGCAGCUCGUAAGUUAAGAGUGCUAGGUAAAGGAUUUUCAGUGAUAUCAGUUGGCAAAGGCAAAUAUAUGGUCCAGUCAAUACCAGGAGAGUUAAGUAUGGAUCACACUGCAAUAUUACAACAAAUGUCUGAUGCUAAUGAAUCAUUUACUUCUGUAUCAAUGUUAACAAGGAGACUAAAAUGGGAAGAAGGAAGAGCACAGAAAGCACUAGACCAUAUGAUAAAGGAAGGACUAGCAUGGGUUGAUUUACAAGAUUCUUCUGAGAAAUUAUAUUACUUUCCAAGUUUAUUUACUGCUUGUGUUGAUUCCACAAACUAAUUAGCUGUUAAGCAAAUGUGGUUUAACUUUUGUUGCAAAUCGCAGUAGAGCUGUAUGUUAAUUUUGAUAAGAUUGUGGUUAUUCAGUAUCCUAUCAAGAUAAUUUAUUUGUUAUAACGUCUAAAUAUUUUAUUAUAUAAAAAAUAUUGCAAUGAA